CAUUAGCUACGCAUGUCAUGAUGGAGAACUUAUGAGAAGAGUACUAUUGUGCUCUUUCCUUACAUUCUUUCAGAGACGCGGAUACGUACAAUAUUUUUCUCGAGUUAGGUUGAUGGCGCUAUCGCGCCAUCCUUGCCCUUUAUCAGUCGCGUUGCGCUUGUCGGAUAUCUAGUAGUAAGCCGGCCAACAACUUGGACGUGCACGUGACAUCCUACGAUCUGGACAACUUUGGUCUUUUCCCCGGCCGAGCUCUUGAGAUUUCCGAUUUCCGAUCUCCUUCACCAGCCAUCUGCUCCUUGUCAACCUCCUCCGUCCUUCUUUCUUCGUGUCACUAUCGGUGGUGCCUCCGGGUUCCAAAAUGGUUUCUCCUCAGAUAACAAACCUGGCCAUCAUCCUGGUGAUGAUGCAGGUGUCCAAGAGGAUUCCAUUUGACAAUCCUGAUGUGCUCCUCGGUGUUCGAGCUAUGUACAUCAUUUCGAACCUGAUCAUCCUGGGCAUCUACCUCUACGUGCAGGCUCAGAUCAACAAAAAGAAAGAUAUGAAAACGCUCCAAUAUGUCGAGCCCGCCCCGGUGGGUACCGGAGACAAACCGCGUCCGGUCACUACCACUGUGAUGGAGUACGACAAGCAGCAACUGCGUCAGCUGAUCAAGACGCAGCUGAUGGGUGUUGGCAUGAUGGCCGUGAUGCACCUGUACUUCAAGUACACCAACCCACUGUUGAUCCAGUCGAUCAUUCCUCUCAAGGGCGCCCUUGAGGGUAACUUGGUCAAGAUCCACCUGUUCGGCAAGCCGGCCACCGGUGACCUCCAGCGGCCGUUCAAGGCUGGUCAGAGCUUCAUGGGCAUGGGCCAGGGCGAGAUCAAGAGCGACAAGGCGUCCAUUGAGCAGGCCGAGAAGAACUGGAGGGGUGGUGUCAAGGAGGAGUAAAUAUACCACGGAUCCCACCGCCUCUGUUGGAAGCCUACACGGGCUCGGGGCUUCUGAUGUCUUGUGCAUAGAAGAUACGUUGAAACGCGGAGAUACUCUCGGAGGAAGCAACCAGCACUCUUCCUUGUGUUCUGUCACGUGGCGGUUUAGAGUCUACAUGUGGCUAGAACAGGUCCUAUCUGCUGAGAUGAAUUACUAUAUCUUUUGAGGACUUUCCGGUGC